AUGAAACUCAUCCGUUUCUUUGUGAAAGAAACUUUUAAUUUUCUCAAGAAAGCUGCCUGGGAAGAAUGGUUGGUUAGUGAAGUGAGCAAUAUUUUCCAUGAAGAGCCCAUGAACCCUACCAAUCAGGCAGUUCCUGAUGGAAUUCGCCUUCACAUGGUGUCUGUGUUUGUAGCAGAGCUCGAAAGUGUUGUUGAUGACAAGGUUCCUGCUUCUGUCUUGCUAAAACUUCUGGAUCCACUAUUCCUCCUGGCAGCAUACUCUAAAAAUGUGACUGUUACUGGUGCUGUGAAGAAAAGUUUGUUUGAGUGUCUUGUUCAGUGUGAUACUGAUGAAGCAGAUGAAACACUGAAGACUGUCGGGUUGAAGGUUGAUUUUUCUGAAGUUGCUGACAGAUUGUUCACUUUAGCAAGCGACAGAAAUGUUCUGGGUAGGAACAGAAACCAGCUCUUUAGCUGGUCUAAGAGGCUGAGAAAACAAUCAACAGGGCAACUUGAGGAAGGAGACCCUGUGCAAGAAGGUGAAACCUCAGAUGGGAUUCCUCUUGGAAAAAAGAGGGAAACAACAGAAAAGUCUUCAGAUUUAGUAAAUGGGUCAACUGAGGAAAACUGCAGUGAAAAAGGUCACACUAGGGAAGCAAAACAGAAAAGAAAAAGGAGGAAACAUGGGGAAAUUGAAAAAGAAGAAGAGAAACAGGGCAAGGAUUGUAUUAAAGAGAAGAAAGAAGAAAAGAGAAAGAGGAAAAAUAGUGAAGAUGAUUUAAAUGUUGGGUCUCAUUUGGGUGAAAGAAUAACUUUUGAAGAGGAUAAAGGUGAAUCUAAGAAAAAGAAGAAGAAAAUGAAAAAAUCUCUGGUUGAUACCAGCAAUGGAACUGUAAUUAGUGAAAAUUCAAACAGUGACCAUAAACGUGAUUGUAAAAAAUUGACAAAUGGGAGUGACAAGAGUGAAGAACAUGAAUCGAGUAAGUCACUUGUUAAUGGCUCAAGUGAGAGUGAAGCUUCUGCUGUAAAUGGAGACACAAGACUUUCUCCAGAAAUAGAGGAUCAAACAUCGUCUAGAACUGUUGACAGGAAAGUUUUUCGCAAAGCAGCAAGUUCUAGCUGUGAGCCAUUUGCAAAAUUUCAGAAGAAUUCAACUCCGCCAGCAUUUGUUAGAAAAUGUUUAGCUAAAACACCAAGUACAGAACCACAAAAAAGCAAGACAAGUAAAUUGAAGAAUCAACCCCCUAGAUCAGUCCCACCAAAGCAAACCUCCAAGAGAGUUAGAAUCGAGAUGUCAAAAAACACUGCACAUACAGCACAAGAUUAUCGACGCAGUGUGAAGGAGAGCCCAAGAAUCCCAUUUGAUGCACAUAAGACACCCACUCAGGGGCUGCUCAAGUCACCACCCCUGCCUCGGAGAACACCCCUGGUUGUGAAGGCUGCUCCAUCGCCAGACCCUGCCCAGAGGCAACAAGGAAAAAAACAGCCCAAAGCUGGUCAAAGGCCCAAAGCUCUUGAUUUCUUUUGAGAUAACAAGCCCUUUAACUUGCAUCAUGAAACUCUUUGAAAAUCCACACAAUGUUUUUUUAAUAGUAAGCAACCCCACAAAAUGACAAAAACAUGAUACUGUGUUUGUUGUAGCUGACAAAAACAAGACUGAAAUAAUACAAUAUGCAGCCAUGUAUGUCUACACUCAGAAUACAUGUAUAUACACCUAUUUUGAUGGUACCCAUGGACAUUCUGCGAGUUGUGUAGUGUUUUCCGAACCCCAAAGUGGUGAGGAAAUAUACAAGCAAUGAUCAAAUUGUUCAUGUGUGUUACAUGUUAAACCAUUAAAGAACGGAUUUUUUAUACCACUAUGGUCAUUUUCUAGUAUUUUGGCUUCUAGUUUUUAAAAAUACAUCCUGCAUCAUCCAAAAAUCACAUCCAUCACUUAUAAGCACUCGCAAAUGACAAAAACAAAAUAAAAUUCUACAGAACAAUAAUAGGCUCAUGUUUUGCACAUUCUCUUGGUUUAAAGUGUUAAAAUGGUGCAGUAGUGGAGCAAAUACAUGUGUUUGGUAUUAGCUACGUGUAUAUUCUAAGUACUUUAUUGAACAUUGAAAAAAGUGCUUAAUAUAAUUAUAAUUUGCAAAUGCUUAUCCAAAAAGACCUGUAGCCUAAGAGUCACUGUAUCAUGGCUGAGUUUCUUUGUGUUAUCACGUUUUGCUAUAAUUAUACUUGAUAUGAAACACAAUAUUGGUGAAUACAUUAUCCUUAAUUCUGACCUCAAGGAUCUAAUUCAUGUAAUGUAAAUAGUUUUCAAGAGAUCAACAUCUUUUUACAACAUUUAUUCAGAAUUCAGAGUAUUGAUAUUUUAUUGCAUUGUUCUCCUGUCUACAUCACAUUAUCUUAUUUGCCUGUUAUCAAAAGCAGCUGAGUGCUAACCUGUCAUCAGGCAUUCUUUUUUUCGGCGAAAGGGGGUGAGAAAAAAGGGAAAAAAACCUGAUCCCAUGGUAGCCUGGUGCAAAACCUUAUGGCAUGAAAGCAGUUUGUUUUGCAUUAAAUUGACUUUGUGAAUGAACUAAUUUUGCAAAGAGAACUUUGAAUUGGGCUUUCAUGUUUACGACAAAGCUAUCCAAAUAUGAAGUAAAUUAUAGCUUCUGGAAUCUGGACUUAAGAAAAUAAUUAAUAAAAGUGACUGUACAUCAAAGACUUUCUUGAAAGUAAAUAACUUUCUAAAUGAACAAAUGCCCUGCUGUCUACGGGUUGUAUCGCUGUAUCUCUCUCUCUAUCUAUGUGAGUGUUUUUGCUCAUUUCUACUGUGUGUCUGUGUUUUCAAUUGUGGGGGGAAGGGGGUAUUUGGGGAUUGUAACAAAUUGAUGUUCCAAUUAGGGUUUUCUAUGGAGGGGGUAGUUGAAGAUUACUAGCUUUGGUUACCCUCUCCCCCUAGGUAAUGCUAAGUAAAAACCCCAAACCUUUCAAAACAACCACCGCAAAACAAACCAGUGAAAACUACAAGAUCCAAGCCUUCAAAAUUAUCAAUCUCCAAAUUCUCCUUACUACUCUUUCAUUGUCCUUGUUGGGAGAAUUUUAUCAUGAAUGAAUGGAAGUGCAACGUUCCACUUGGUGAUCAGUUGUCAAUAGUCUUAAUGUUAUAAGAACCUGCAAGCUGAUCAACAACUCGGUAAAGGUUGAAGACUCCAAUGUAAUGCUGCCAAUACAGCUUUGAUGUGCACAAUUCUUGAUAAAUAAUGUUCAUGACACAUAAAAAGAUGAGCAGUUCACUAUCCUAUGAACUGUCCUGAGCUACAAGGACCCCGGAAGUCUUGUCUGAUGUCUGCACAGAGUCCUCUGGUGGACUUUCUUUGUCUCCUUUUACGUGGAUAUUGUGUUUAUCUUUAAAUGCUGUAAGUUCUUGUUCCUUUGCUGUUAGUGUAUCUUUUAACUUGCUGAUUAGGCCUGAAAUCUGGUGAUGUAUGGCAAACAAACAUUAGGUGUAAACACUUGUUAGUGGGGUGGAAGCACUCUUGAAAAUCCAUGGGGAAGAAUGCAAAACAAGUGAGCAGGCAAGUGUGACUGUGAAUGUGACAUAGUGCCAGCAUUGGAAUAUGAGCGGAAGGAGAGACUCUUCGCUUGUCUUCUGAUGCCUGCGCUACAAGUGGCCUUGCAUGUCAAGCUUCCAUACUUGCAACUGCUCCCUUGUGUUGCGUUCUUUGCAUUAUUGCCCACGGCAUUUCGAACCAAGGAGACUGCUUGCAGUCUAACUUGUUAGGGAAACCAAUACAAACUACACUCUUUCAAAAACACAGCUCUAAAAUGUUCAGUGUAAGAGGCUGCCUCAAUGUUUGUAUUGUCUUGGAAUUACUUUUUGUUUCCCAUCUGUUGCUGAGUUGAAUGAACAUUCAGUUUGAAUUGAACUGACAAUAUUCUAGAAAUUGCUGUACUCUGCAGUCUGGUUCCCCACAGGCUGACAAAAUAUGCUGCGUAUGCGUUGAUAACACUCUGGUUAGCAGUAAAAGGCACUCUGGCCAGCCAGAUUAGCAAAACAGUUGGCCUAAUUAUAUGUAGCACUACAGUUUCUCUCAGAAUGGUAAUGCUGGUAGCGCUCAUUUGUAGGCUAGGGUACCACUAUAAUAUUUGUGUUCUUUUGAUGCAAUAUUUAUUGUUUAAAUGAUAGUUAUUCUUAGAAAUUGGACCAAAUUA